AUGAAGUCGCAGUGCGGGUACGUGGUUGGUUUGACAAGCGACGCCCUCAAGGAGGGCACCGAUGCUCCAGUGUACAUUGCUGAGACCUACAGUGGGAGCGUAAAACGUGUUUGCAGGAGCACCUUGGCCCCCGAGUCCAAUGGAUUCCUUGCCGGUGUGGAGGCCGCCGCGUGUGUGCACAUGAUCCUUCUUGAGAUCCGGCACCCCACCGAGCGCAUCCUGGACCUCAACCGCGAGUUCUACAAGAAGCAGAUCCUGUGCUUACGGAUGCCAAGAGACAAGAGAGUGAAGAUCCUCUUGGCCCAGUUGAAGGAGCUCCUGGGGACGAACACAUAUGACGACGACAGUGCCGUGUACGCCAUUUGGGUGGAUACGAGCCAAAUGUUGGCGGAUGUGCUCACAAAGUGCGGCUGUGAGCCCGAACCCCUCUUGGACGCCGUCUACAGUGGAAUUGCUCCGAGCGCUGAGGCCCAAGAGAAGAAGAUGCAGAUCCGAGCUGGACGCCACGCUCGGAAGCACGCCCGUAGGGAAGCCGAGGACGGGUGA